CUGCAGUUACAGAAAAAUACGUAGGCUGGGUUUCUCGUAAAAAAGAAAAAAAAGCAUUUCAUCGUACUGUUAUCUCUGCAAGAUCAUUUGAGACUCCGGUUACAAGCAGAGAUUGUCCAAUCACAAAGGCAGAGAUUAACCAAUCACAGGCAGAGGAGGAGAGAUUCACAUUACCCCAGCAGCUGGCCAGUGAAGAGCGGACGGAGAGCUCUCACAUCCAAACUCCUCCUGCUCCGGAAGGAUCUUCGCAGAAAAGUGCGACAGAAACAUUCGCAGUGCAAGAGCGCCUUAUUGCCGGAAAGCAGGAACAGACGGUGUGACAGGAUCCAGCCAGGAUGGCUUUUUCUGUGACAAAGAGUGAGGGUACCACAAUCUUCACUAUGACCUCUGACACAGAAAGCUCAUGCCCCUUACUGUGCCAGAUCCUGGGGAACUUGUGCUGGAGUCCCACAUGUCUGGUGUCUGGAAGAAAUCGGAAGGUCAUGGUUGGCACCGUGUCGUCAUUAGCAACGGUGCAGAUCAUGGUGGGACUCUUAACCAUCGGUUUUGGAGCAAUCCUCUUGAGCCUGUACAACGGCCCCUAUUUCAUGUACUACAUCAACGCCCCCUACUGGCUGGGAGCCGCUUUCAUUAUGUCUGGGAUAUUUACCAUUUUUGGCGAAAGGUUUCCGAGCCCUUGCUUGGUGUUCCUGACCGCGGUUGUUAAUAUGGCAAGUGCAAUCUUUGCUGUGGUCGCGAUCGUGUUCUACGCGGUGGACGAAGGGGUGGUGUUUGGCAGGAUGUGCUAUGAACGUGGCGAUUACAACGACUACCGCAACUACGGAUAUUACGGUACCGUGAACUUGACAGACUUGGCACGGAAAGCGAAUAACCCAAACCUGAAGUUGUGCCGGAUGUACGAGCGUACCGUACUGCCCGUAGCGAUGGGCGUGAAGGUGUUGCUGCUGGUCACUGCUGUUCUCCAGCUCUGCGUCAGCAUCAGCCUGGCAGUUUUGGCGAUAAAGGCACUGAAGAAGAAGGACGAGGAGAAGCAGGUCCCUGAGGUUCAGCAGCCACUCAUGGAGGAGGUGACAGCCAAUCACGUUGCUUAGAGGAAGCCCCGCCUUAACUACUGACACCAAUCAGUGAUCACUUUUGCCUGUGUAUCUAGAUACUGCAAAGCCUCUAUUGCUGCUUCUGUGACAAAUUCAUUAAAGUGCCCCGUGGAGUAUCAAAACGAUUUUACUCAAAACUACAACAGAAUUGACAUGCAUUUCUUCUUUGGAUGUUAGGCCUAUGAUUAGAAAAGAUUUUGGAUGCACACUGAAAUAAUCUUCAAUUUGACUUUCUCUGCAGGAGUGAAUCUAUGCCACAGAAGCCAGCGAGCAUUUGAUAUAUAGCACUUGGUAUUUCUCUGUUUUUAUACAUUUACCUUUUUUGGAAGAUAGCUCAUGAAAAAGGCAUAGCACCAAGCCAUUUGUCUCUGGCUUUAACGAUACAAGAACGUUUGCGUAAAGAAUUUUCUGGGGAUUGUUUUGGCAUUUAAGUCUCUGCAGUAAUAUGUAUGUAGUUAUACAACUUGCAUCUUUUCAAUAUAUGAAUUGAUCAGUUGUCAGAGCAGAGCUGUAGAAAGCCUGGGGGAAAACCACAUGGGGGCAGGUCUACAUAUCUAUACAUUUUUAACUAAAAAACCUGCCUGUCUGCCUGAAAUUAUGGGCACUUAUAUGGAUGCAUUCAUUUCCGAUAUGUUAUACAAUGUCUUUUUUCUGGGUUCGUGAACAAAUUAAAUCUCUUUUGCCAAAUGGGAAAAUUAGUGUGUCUUGCAAGUCUCUUACUAAUUAGACAAUGUAGUUUUUCAACAAAUAAUAAUCCCUUUUUUCCACUGAUGAAUGCCUACAUUUCUGAAUGUUGUAUGUAUAAUUAAAUAAAUCCGCUUCUACGUGAUGCAUUCUGCAGGA